CACCUGACUUCGUGCUUGUUUCGUUGAUUUUUGCUUUGUUUUAAAGAUUGAUUUGCCCAAUUUACACAAUUCAUACUGUAAAUUCCCCAUUCUUUAGCUUCAACUCCACAGUUUUUAUGCUGGUGAUGGAUUUAGCCUUGACCUUUUGUAGUUUAUGGUGAUGUGUGAGUGGGAUAUGAAUAAAACCCAUCUAAGAUCAACAUGCAUUAUCAGAAAAAAUCAAUUGGAAUUUGUUGUAAUUGAAGGGCUAAACUGGCUCUCUAUCCCAUUUUCUGAGAAGAGGAAUGCACUGAAGUAGCUUGAGGAGGGUGUAAUUUACAGUAAUUUUCCAUUUCUUGCCCUCAUUUUUUCAGGAACAGAAAUGGAAGUUUAGGUUAAAAUUGGUCCUAUAUCAUCAGCUAAGGCAAUAGCUUCCAUUUUCUUGAAUGCCCCAAUUAUGGUUGAUGGAUUUCUACCCAUGUUAAUGCUCUUGCUACCGUUUACAACUUGUAUUAUUUCUUGUUUGGGCUUCUAGAACUGUGAUCUCAACCUUGUCUUCACUAUUUGCAGAAAAAACGAUUCAUCUAAAUUGAACUUAUUUUUCCUUUUCUUGCUUCUCAAAGGCUUUAGGUUGAUAGACUGUUUAUUAACUUGUUUCUCAGGUGGUUAAACCACCGGAGUUUAAACUUCAUUAUGGAAUGGAAUUUACAUCCGCAUUAAUGUCUGGCAUCAACUGAUUUCCUUUGUAGAAGAAGGAUCACACUGCUCUACAAAAGUUAUAACAAUGCAGUCUUAUGUAGGGGAUUCUUCCAGGAAAAGCCCUCUGAUCAACGACGAAGGUAUUGGAACCUUCAAUGGCACAUUCUUUGAGUUUGCCCUCUACUUGUCUCCUCAAAUUUGGUUUAGCUACUGGAACCAGGGUUUCACAUGGGAAAUGUAGCAUGUUGGCUUCAAGAUCCUCACCCAGGUUUUUUAGUGUCCAAGCUGUGCAAGAGAAUGAAGGUCCUCGAAGGCUAGUUGACAUUAUCCGAAUUGUGCCACAGCUCUCAAGAAACUACUUUCAAAGUCCUUCUCGAAGGGCACUUUUUGGGGGAAUCUCCUUGUUAGGUGGCUUUUAUGUGGCACAGACAAUUUCUCUGUCCUUUGGAGCUUUAGGAGUGAACGAUGUAAUUGCUGCAGUAUUAUGUGUCCUCAUCACAGAGUAUGUGACUCGGUUUUAUUACAGCCGUCCAAAGGUUACUUUUCCCCUUGCUCUUCUCAAUAAUUUCAAGAUGGGUUUCACGUAUGGCCUCUUUAUUGAUGCUUUUAAGCUUGCUAGUUAAGCCCUAGGAGCCAUUUUAGCUGCUUGCCUUCUUGAGCAACAUGCUAUCUUUCAACAUUAGCUGUUCUAAUUCUCUUAUUUUAUUUUAGAAGAUAGUCUUCCCAUUUGAAUCCUUCCAUUGUCUUCCUGUUUGAUCCAUCAUCUUCUGCUCUUUUUCUGAUUUACAUCCUAAGCUUCUUUUUUCUUUUUCUCUUUUUUGGUUGCUUCACUUGUAAAAUUUUUGCAAUAUAUAUGAAAUCAAAUUCUUCCAAAGCAAUUCAUCUCUUCUCCUGCCACAUAAUUUUUUCUUCCUUGGAAAAUAUUUUGGUUAAUGAUUCCUAUUAGUUACCCCAUACCUGUAUAGUACUGUUUGCAGUGAAAACAAAAAAAUUUGUUGACAUAAAGAGAUGUUUCUCCUUCUGUCAUUUGCAGUCUGGUUUGUUUCACAUCAGAAGAUCUGCUUCUGUAGCAUUUGGAAUUGCUAUUGACUACAAUAUUUUACAAUUUGUGUAAUGUGGUAAGAUCAUUUUGGAGUAGAUGGUAUUUCUGAA